GAGAGAGAGAGAGAGAGAGAGAGAGAGAGAGAGAGAGAGAGACAGAAAACAAAUGACAAGCAACAAGGUAUGCAACAAUUCAUAGUGGGUCAUAGUGAUAUUUAGACUUGACCACAGAACCUGUUAACUGUUGCUACUGCUUCCGUGACGAUACAUCAGUUCCUCAACUCGAGUACAGACCCAGGACAGAAAAGGACUCACAGAGUAAAGAGAGAAAGAGAGAGAAAAAUGCUCUCAUUUCAGAAGCCCAUUAAUCACCCUUAAUCUCUGACAUGACGGAGGAAGUGUUUGUGCACAUCAUGCCAUGGACCCCCAAGCCCAGAUUCUGAAGGGCAUAUUGGCUCAAAUUGUAAGCAAGGAAGCAGAAGGAGAAGGACCAGAGAACGGCUUUGCUGGAGAGUUUCUGAAACUGAAGAGGCAGUCUACUAAGUAUCGUGCAGAGAAAACCUACCCCACCACAGCUGCGGACAAACAGGAUAAUGUGAAAAAGAACAGAUACAAGGACAUUGUACCUUUUGACCACAGCAGAGUGAAGCUCUCCCUCAUUACAUCCAAACAUGACACAGACUACAUCAACGCUAGUUUCAUUAAGGGGGUUUUGGGCACUAGGGCAUACAUUGCCACACAGGGCCCACUGCCAAAUACUGUACUUGACUUCUGGAGGAUGCUGUGGGAAUACAACGUGCAGGUUAUUGUGAUGGCUUGCCGAGAGUUUGAAAUGGGAAGGAAAAAAUGUGAGCGUUACUGGCCAGAGUCAAAGGAGGAUGUGUUUGUGUGUGAGCCCUUUAACAUACACUAUGAGUCUGAUGAGAAUAAGGAAGAAUAUGUGUCAAGGACACUGAAGGUGACAUUUAAAAAAGAGUCCCGGACCCUGAAGCAGCUGCACUAUGUGAACUGGCCAGAUCAUGGAGUUCCUGACUCCAUUCCGCCAAUCUUGCAGCUGCUGCAGGACAUGCGCAUUUACCAGGAUCAUGAAGACGUUCCCAUCUGCAUUCAUUGCAGUGCAGGCUGUGGAAGAACAGGUGCAUUGUGCGCCAUUGACUAUACCUGGAAUCUACUAAAGAGACAGAUUAUUCUGGAGAAUUUCAGCAUUUUUGAGCUAGUAAAGGACAUGCGUACACAGCGGCCCUCUGUGGUUCAGACUAAGGAGCAAUAUGAGUUGGUAUACAGGACCAUUAAAUUGCUGUUUGAGAGAUAUUUGGCUGCAAUGGAUAAAUCAAAACAAGAGGUUCCAGCUUCCCCCUCACCUAUCCACACAAUCAGUGAAAGUGAGCUCUUAGAUUUCAGCAAACCAGAUUUAGAGACUGGGACCGACUUUCGAGCGUUGCUUCAGACUGAACACAGGAAUUAUGAAAAGAACAUUCCUAUGGAUGACUACAAUCACAUUACUCAGAAAGUCACUUCUUGGACACAGCCUCAUUUACCACCACUCAGCCCUGGAGCUGUUUCCACCAAACAUACUCCUGCAGAAAUGUUUAAUACAACUUGUGAAUGGGCCCAGAUUAAAGAAGACCAGAAUCCAUUUAUAACACAGGCUCCUCAAAAAGACUUUACGAUCUGUGAAACUCAAAGAUCUGAACCAUCCACUAACCACAAAACUGAUCCUACCCAAGCUGCAUGUUCAAAUUAUCCUCUCAGCCUAGUACAAGAGCUGAAGCCAAGUCUGAAGCAUUUGGAGAGGGCAGAAAACCAAGAUGAUAGUCCUGUUGCUGAAGAUCCCAAUCGUGUUAUCCCCAGCAGCCUCUGCCUCACUGUGGAUGAUCCAUAUUUUGGUCCUGAGUUUCGAUCAUCUGGCGAAAGUCCCAGUGUUAUAGAGCCUACAGCCCCUGGAACAUGGAUUGAGAACCCUUGUUUCACAAUACCUAGUUUAGCACUUAAUAAUCAGGCUUUAGAAAUGCCAAAACAUGACUGCAAUGACAAAGGUGUAAAUACACCUUCAUCUGAUGAGGACUCUCCCCCUCCUUUGCCCGAGCGAACCCCAGAGUCUUUUAUACUGGCUGAUGAAAUCAACGAAAUCAACGAAAGCUGUGACCAGAUAACACUGGUCAUUCCAACCAAUUCAGACACAGAGAGUGUCAACAGAGAUAACCCCCCCUCACCUGUACCCCCACUGCCUGAGAGAACUCCAGAGUCCUUUGAAUUGGCCACAGAUGAGGAUCUGGUACAAAAUGCAACACAGGAAAAGCCACAGGAUAUUGUAAUGAGAGUUGGGAAAUCCUCAGAAUGGUCUGGGAAAACAUCUGAAGCUCAGACAGAUAUGAAGCAAUCUUGGUCCAGGAGCAAGAGCUUAAAACUUAGAAUGUCACUUCCUGCCUCGCCAUCUACUCCAUUCAGCCCUUUUCCAAUUACAAGUCACACCCCUCCUCCCCUACUGCACAAACCUCCACAGAAAUGUUCAACUCCCCCGCUCCCUAAAAGGACUCCAGAAUCUUUCAUUUUUGACAUGGACAAAGUGCCCAACAACAGCGCCCCCUGUUUGCCAUCUGAGACAGAGCAACAGAGACUGAGAGUGGGCACGUCAUCUGAGUGGUCAGGCAGCUCCCAGCCCAGAUCAUUGUUGGAUCAUUCGUGGACCCGAAGCAAGAGUGUGAGAGCAAAAAGUUUGACACAAGCUGUGUUUAAUUUUACAGUGCCUCUAUCUGUGGCUCCAUUGACUCCACCAGUCUCUAUAACCAUGGCAACUGGAGGGCGAGAGAACCAAGCAGAACAUAACAGCCAGCCAGUAGCAGGUGGACCAACAGAGAACCUGUCAGACAGAGGAGGAGAGAAGACUUCACUGGUCAACAAGGCCAGGACCAAGAGCAUUAAGUUUUUGAAAGGAAGACAGAAGCCAAAAAUAGCCCCACCUCCAGCCCCGCCCCAGUUUGUUCCACCCCCCUAUGCUGCCUCUGCUGGAUUCUUAUUUUCUUUUGGACAACGUUUUGGAAAGCCGAAGGGGCCACGGAAUAAGCCAGAAACAUGGGUCUAGUUCAUGUGGAAGGUGAACUGAAAGGGAGAACAGUCUUUCAGUACAAUACAAUAGGGACAGAAAGUCAUGAAAUAUGGCUGCUUGCCAAAGAUUUCUUUCAGUCUUUCAGGAAGAGGAGUGCUGUGGAGUUGCUGUGGAGUCUGAGGGACAGUAGCCCAACAACUGACCUCACAUAAUACACAUACAAAAUUGUGCUUUUGAAGAUGACUUUAUGAAUUUUAUGGCCAUUUUAAUGGAGUACAUUAAUGGAGUAAACUGUCUUUAUGCAAUCAAUUAAUUAUUAAAAUGUUUAUAAAUGAAUCUAAACAAAAUAAUUUAAGGGAUGAAUGUAUUGAGAAAUACAAGUAAUUUUGGAUACUCCUCUAAAUCUCAUUGUACUGUAAACACAAAUAAAUGUCACUGUAUUUUAUCACAAAUACACCUGAAGGGAA